UCCGGGUCACUUUUCUCGUAGCCGUGCCAGCGACCUCGAUAAAUUUACUAGUCUCCUUACAAGCAAUCGACAGUCAGCUGUUUUGCAAAGCCAACGUCAUCGUGCUACAUUUAUCAUUCAUCGCAACGCCAGCCUGGAUGGUCUGUCUAAGUAUCGAAGUCUUCAUCGAAUCACGAAAGCCGUUACAUGGUUUCAUUAAGUCACUGCCGAAGAGGCGUAUCUACGCUCUGAUUGGCUGGGGCGUACCAAUUAUAACUGUGGCUGUAACUGUGGGUACUGAUAUGUCUUUGUACGGGUCAAGACUCGGGUGUUUGGCUGAUUUCAACUCUACACUGUUGUGGCUGUUUGUGGUGCCAGUCAUCGCCGCAACAAUGGUGAUUUCAUGUCUGCUGAUUCUUUCAACAAAUUCGCUGGUCUAUGACGAUCAAAAGGGACUGAACCUCAAAGACAAAAAUAAGUCUGAUACUGCUGUUGAUGAAGUCUGGGCCAAGACCAAGAUGAACAAGGCCCUGGCUGAGGUAAAAGCCAAGGGAGAUGCCAAGUUAGCUGCCUUUGCUGAACUAGCAGGGAUCCAGCUGCCAGCUGCUUCCAUCAAGCAAAGCGUUAACGAGCAAGCCCCACUCCCUGAGCAAGCCACCCCUAUGGAGACCCUGAAGGCAUCAAUGAAGAACGAUAAGGUGUCUUUAAGUGGAAUGGAUGACACUGAAGCUAUUCCUGUCUCCAUCUCAACUGAUGUCAUCGCUAUGAUGACUAUCAAUGAUACACUGAGCAAGACGGAGGAACUCAAGAAGCAGACUGAGGAACUAACUACUGACUCUGACUCCAUGAUGAGUGAUGACAAUGACGCAGAAAUGAUAACCAAGGAUGAAAAGGUGAAUGAAGAACUAGCACAGAUAAUGCCAGCCAGUGAACGUCCUAGCAGCUCUGCGUCUGCCUGCUCCAGACUGAUAGUUGUAGCUGAAGCUAAGACAUCCAUUGAUAACACCAUGGAUGAAACCAUACCCGCUCCAUCUACCUCCACCUCUCCCAAGACUGAGGAGAAGCCAUUGAACCAGCUAGCGUCAUCUGCGAGCAGUCUGGAUAAAGCGACUACUAAUUUAGUAGAUGCUGUCUUUACCAGCCUGGACAACGAGGAAACUGCACAAGAAUCCAUUGUGGAUGUGCAGAAUUCUGAUGCUGUGAUCAACGAUUGUAAUACGCCAUUGAACCAGCUAGUGUCAUCUGCAAGCAGUCUGGAUAAAGCAACUACUAAUCUAGUAGAUGCUGUCUUUACCAGCCUGGACAACGAGGAAACUGCACAAGAAUCCAUUGUGGAUGUGCAGAAUUCUGAUGCUGUGAUCAACGAUUGUAACAUGCCUGCUACUAAGACAUCUACUGGAAGCAUAGACCAACAGGCUGGUUUUAUAGUAGAUUAUGUUUUUGCAAACAUUACCACGGAACAACUUGCUGUGGCCCCUGAGAAGCCAAAGAUGAAAUCAACUGGCUCUAUCGCCAUGGAUACUAAAAAUGACAAGCCUGCUACUAAGACAUCUACUGGAAGCCUAGACCAACAGGCUGGUUUUAUAGUAGAUUCUGUUUUAGCAAACAUCACCUUAGAACAACUCUCUUUGGCCGCUGAGAAGCCAAAGAUGAAAUCAACUGGCUCUAUCGCCACGGAUACUGAAGAUGACAUGUCUGUCAGCACCCGGUCUGCAGUCGACAAAGAAGAGAUUACUGUCAUAAUUGCCCAGCUGAAAAAAUCAUUGAGCAAUGGCCGACAUUCGACUUCUCAAAUGGCCACUCAAACGUGCGAGAUAUCAAUCCAGACUGAUGACGUGAGUAAUGAAACUGAAAAACCAUCAAGAAAGUAUUCAGCUCUCUCUAAGAUCAAAGCUGUAGUAGUCAAGUCAGCUUCAAAGACGAGCCGUAUGUCAUUCCUUGAUAGGAAAGAUAAAAAACCAAAUGAGAGUAUCAAAAAAGAUCUGAAAAAUAACAAGCAGGCUUUGAUGAGCCAGAGCAAGACAACAAGUGUAAGUGCUAAGAAACCAGGACCAAAGAACGCAAAGGUUGUAGAAACAAAGAAGUCUGUGAUUGCAAAGUCUGACGUAACCAAAAAGCCUACAGGUGAUCAUAAGAAAUCAUCUACUGUCACCAAUGCAAAAAAGUCUUCUAGCACUUCUACCACUAAGAGAUCUUCAAGCACUGAUCAUAAGAAAUCCUUGACUAAGCCAAGAGGCAGUGCUGCUUCCGGCAGGAUGAUCAGAGAGGCAGCUAAUGGUGCCAAAGUGAGCACAAAGAAGUCAAGCAAGAAGGUAAGCACCACAUCCUCGACAUCUUCUGCAACUACUGAUGCCAAGACCAAAGAAAACCCAGCAAAGAAAUUGAACACUUCAAAAAGUGCAUCAUUCCCUUGCAAUGGUAGUCAGCAGAAACCUACUGCCUCAUCUGCAAGUGCUGCUAAAACCAGUAACCCAAUUGAGUCCAGUCAAUCAGCAUCUGACAAGCCAACUUCAAAACGAUCUAAACAGCGUACUGCAACUCCAGUGCCACCACCAUUGUGUGACAAAUCCUCCUCUUGGAAGUCCAAAUCAUCUUCAGGGCUGAAGCAGAAUCAAUCUAGUUUCUUAGCUCCGCAGGAUGUGGCUUCAUCUCCAUCUGUUCACGCCGGAGGAAAGAUCUCUUCCGUGGAGAGCAAAGAUUCUAACAUUGCUCUCAUACCUGCCAACAGUCAAGACUCUUUCAAACCUAACACCAAACUGCAAAAACGUUCUGGGAGGAAUGGGAGCAAGAGUACUGUAUCCAUCACAAGUGACAACACUCUUCGGAGAAUUAGCUCAGCAUGUCCAGCUCCAGAACCCAAAAGAGCUGGUCUUGCCUCUGUCCCUGAGUUAAGGGCCAUUUCAGUAAUUGAUACUCCAACUGAUGCUGGUCCUAGAUGUCCUCUUAAUCAAGCCAUGGGUGACAACACUGAAGUUCAACUUGAAAGUCAAGCCUCAGUUGGACUAACCCAAGGUGAUGUCACUGGGAUCUGUGACACUGAAAACCAGGUAAAGCUUUGCUGUUUGGAGCAAGUACAAGAAAUGGACGACCAUUUCAUGGACCUUCAAUUACAAGAAUUGCUAUUGAGUCAGGAGAUACUUAUUUCACCAUCCCUUAUGCCAAAAGAAGAAGCAACUGUUCAAGUUACCAACCCUCUUUCUGAUAAGGAUCAGCUCUGCGAAACUCCUGAAGUGGUUUCUUCAAAGGGCAUGUUCAGUCCUAGGAGUCUGAUAAUGACUGCAGAUGAUUCUGACAAUUCUACUGACCCUGUCAAUCAAUCCUUGGAAGUUUCGAAAAGUCCUACAAGAAGACGUAGGGCAUCUGUUGAGAGUCCACCAGGAAAGGAUGCCACUAUUUUGAAUCCCAAACCACCAGAUUCAAAAAGGGUAUCAAGAGACUUCAAAAUGAACCGAGUGACGCAAUGGACCCAAGAUUCUUCGGCUCUUGGUAGGAUCUCAGUAAGUCCUCAUAUAAGGAGAUCCUUCGAUAGUCCUGGGUACGAGAGUUCUCCCAACUUAAGUCCCACACUCUUGGCUCUAAAUAAGUCACCCAAUGAUUUCCUAAAUGAGCGUCAGUUCAACUGUGCUCCGAAGAGUCCUGUAGGUUGUACUUCAAAACUUGCUCACUAUGUGAGAGCUUCAGAAAGUCCUCAAGGUAAAAUGACCAUUAACUUUAGCCCAACCCAGCCAGCUUCCAGAAAGGCGUUAUCUGAUUUCUUGAAUGGACCAGCAGGUCAAUCAAAUACCCAUGACAAUCCUUCCAAGAAGAAAACUAUUGUCGACAUUCUAACGAUGCCAAACUUAGGUCUGUCUAUGAAGGUUUCUAAGACUGGUCCUGGAGGAACAAGAAGUCCUGAAGGUAGAACCUCAGUCAGUCCUACAAAUUAUAAGAAGAUGCCAUCUAAGACACGCUUGUUUGCACAUGCUAACAACAAUAGGCCAUUAAGUGGAACCCUUGACGUCACCAAUUGCCUCUUCCAAGAACUGACAAGCCCUCAUGCUGAUAAAGAGGAACGCACCUCCUUGUCCUCACCCAUCUACCAUUCACCUGCCAGCACUGCUGAUGGGGAGACUCAUCGACAGCAGGAGUCGGCCAAGUUGCAGCUUGGCUGCAUUCGACUCCAACAUUAG